AUGGAGAACCAAUCAGAGCAUGUGGUGUUCAGCACAGUGAUGGAGAACCAAUCAGAGCACGUGGUGUUCAGCACAGUGAUGGAGAACCAAUCAGAGCACGUGGUGUUCAGCACAGUGAUGGAGAACCAAUCAGAGCACGUGGUGUUCAGCACAGUGAUGGAGAACCAAUCAGAGCACGUGGUGUUCAGCACAGUGAUGGAGAACGGUCCGGCGCUGGGAGACACUCUCACCGCCGUCUACUCUGUAGCUCAGCACCGACAUGAUCGCUUUACAUCACUGCAUGUGGAGAACGUGGAGAACGUGGAGAACCGAGCCAACAAGGGGAACCAAACGGCAUUGAGCUGCCCAGCGGGUGCCCCUGCACUCGUCUCCAAGAAUGGCACUGGGUUCCUCCACGGGGAGUACACGGUGGAGGUGAGCAUCAACGACUACCUGGACAUCUACUGCCCGCACUACGAGGUGGAGCUGGUGCCGGCCGAGCGGAUGGAGCGCUACAUCCUGUUCAUGGUCAACUACGACGGCUACACCACCUGCGACCACCGCAUGAAGGGCUUCAAGCGCUGGGAGUGCAACCGGCCGCUCAGUGCCAACGGACCCCUCAAGUUCUCCGAGAAGUUCCAGCUCUUCACCCCCUUCUCCCUCGGCUUCGAGUUCCGGCCGGGACACGAGUACUACUACAUCUCGUCUCCACACCCCAACCUGGCAGGGAAACCGUGUCUGAAGCUGAAGGUGUACGUCAAGCCCACCAACGACUCUCUGUAUGAGUCUCCAGAGCCCUUCCUGACGGACGACAGUGCGAGUGGUGGCAGCUGUGUUCUCUCUCCUCGUCUCUCCAUCACACUCGCCAUGCUGCUGAUGCUGCUGCUGCUGGGGUCGUCGUCAUAG